CCCGAAGAUGCUUUGGAGAUGGUUGCUAAUAAACACUUUGAAGGUAUUGAAUUCGGUGAAAAUGCACGUGAAUCCUCUGUGAUAUUGUGUAAACACUUUCAUGAAAGUGUAAGGAAACUAUCCGAGAGAUUCUUGGAAAUUUUACGACGACACAGCUAUGUAACGCCAACAUCAUACUUGGAAAUGAUACUUACAUUCAAAAAGCUACUGCACAAAAAGCGUACAGAGCUGACAACAAUGCGUAAUCGCUAUUUAAGCGGUUUAGACAAGUUAGAAUUCGCUGCCAGUGAAGUUGGUAAAAUGCAAAAGGAACUGCGUGAUCUACAACCAUUGCUUAUGGAGACCAGUACAGAGACUGACAUUCUGCUGAAUAAAAUUGCACAAGAUUCUGUUGAAGUUGAAGCUCAGCGUGAAAUUGUUGCAUCCGAUGAACUAAUAGCUAAUAAAGCAGCCGCUGCUUCAAAAGCAAUUAAAGAUGAAUGUGAAGCAGAUUUGGCUGAGGCUAUGCCAAUUCUAAACGACGCUCUGGCAUCACUAGACACACUAAAACAGAGUGAUAUCACUCUGGUAAAAUCAAUGAAAAAUCCACCAAGUAUUGUUAAAUUAGUCAUGGAAGCUGUCUGUAUCAUGAUGGGAGAAAAAGCUGACCGUAAACCAGACGGUACAGGUCGUAUGGUUGAGGACUAUUGGGGACCGUCACUAAAGCUGCUAGGUGAUAUUAAGUUUUUAGAACGUUUGAAAAACUAUCAGAUUGACAAUAUCCCAGUCAAUAUAAUGAAGAAGAUUCGUGAAAAUUACAUACCGAAUACGGAAUUCGAUCCGAAGAUUGUACGGAACGCAAGUACAGCGUGUGAAGGUCUAUGCAAAUGGAUUAUAGCCCUAGAUAAGUAUGAUAAGGUAGCGAAGAUUGUUGCACCGAAAAAGGAGAAACUGGCUAUCGCUGAGGCUGAACUAGAAGUUCAGUUAGUUAAAUUGGCAGAGAAGAAAGCUGCACUGGACGAAGUUCAGGCUAAAUUUCAAGCUCUACAAGACCAGUUGGAUGAAAUGCAAAAGAAGAAACAAGACCUAGAAGACAACAUUGAUUUAUGCAGUAAAAAAUUGGAUCGUGCUGAAAAGCUGAUCAGUGGAUUAGGCGGGGAAAAAACACGUUGGACUGAAGCGGCUGCAAUGUUAAAGGAAAGAUAUGUUAAUAUCAUUGGUGAUGUUUUGCUAAGUGCUGGAGUUGUUGCUUACCUUGGCCCGUAUACUGUCGACUUUCGAUCCGGUAUCCAAAAUGAAUGGCACGAAUUAUGUCAGAAACUAGAAAUUCCAUGCUCAGAAGUAUUUCGCAUUUCAGAUGCUCUGGGGGAUCCAGUGAAAAUUCGAUCAUGGAAUAUCGCUGGUCUACCGGUGGACAGUUUUUCCAUAGAUAAUGGUAUAAUUGUUACAAAUUCUGACAGAUGGUCACUGUGUAUAGAUCCACAAGGUCAAGCGAAUAAAUGGAUUAAAAAUAUGGAGAAGGACAAUAAAUUACAAGUUGUAAAAUUGAGUGAUACGCAUUACUUACGAACGCUGGAGAAUUCCAUCCAAUUCGGUAUGCCUGUAUUAAUGGAGAAUGUUGGAGAAGAAUUAGAUCCAAUCUUGGAGCCUAUACUUCAACGAGUACUGUUUAAAUUACAAGGAACUUGGUGUAUACGUCUAGGCGAUAAUGUGCUUGAAUACAAUCCAGGCUUUCGUUUCUAUAUCACUACACGAUUGCGUAAUCCACACUACCUGCCUGAAAUCUCUGUUAAAGUUUGUCUGAUCAACUUCAUGAUUACACCGCUUGGUUUACAAGACCAACUGUUGGGCAUAGUGACAGCUGAAGAGAAACCUAAACUGGAAGCUACUAAGAACCAGUUGAUUAUUGAAUCAGCUGAUAAUAAGCGUCAGUUGAAAGAAUUAGAGGAUAAAAUUCUAGAAGUGCUGAGUACAUCACAAGGCAAUAUAUUGGAGAAUGAAACAGCCAUCAAUGUAUUGAGUUCGUCAAAGAAACUAAGCGAAGAGAUUACCGAGAAACAAGCUGUAGCCGAGGUUACUCAACUGGAAAUUGAUGCAGCACGUAAUGGAUAUCGUCCAGUUGCUGAGCAUGGUUCUCUCCUAUUUUUCUGCAUAACAGAUUUAUCAAAUAUUGAUCCUAUGUAUCAGUACUCACUGACAUGGUUUAUUAACUUGUUUUUAUCAUCUAUUUCGAACAGUGAAAAAUCGCCAGUUCUGGAAGAACGUAUUGAACUGCUGAACAAUCAUUUUACCACAAGUGUUUAUCGAAAUAUUUGUCGGUCGCUAUUUGAAAAUCACAAAUUACUCUUUUCGUUAAUUAUGUGUUAUUCCCUGUUAAAAAAUAAAGAAAAAGUGGAUGAAACGGUUUGGCGUUUCCUGUUAACUGGUGGCGUUGCACUUGACAAUCCACAUCCAAAUCCAUGCCCUGAUUGGUUAUCCGACAAAUGUUGGUCAGAAAUUGUUCGUGCUACAGAGCUACCUGGCUUAGACGGAUUUAUGGAUAGUGUGCAAAACACUCCAAUACAAUGGAAAGCAAUGUAUGAUGAUUUGGAACCACACAGAUUCUCAAUUCCGGGUAAAUUUUCAAAAUUGGAUGGUCUUGAAAAGUUGGUUGUAUUAAGAUGUAUACGACCGGAUAAAGUAGUUCCCGGUAUUCAAGACUUCAUUGUACAAAAUAUGGGUCAACAAUUCAUUGAACCGCCAACAUUUGAUUUAGCUGGUUCAUUUUCCGACUCCAAUUGUUGUUCACCGUUAAUUUUUAUCCUAUCACCGGGAGCUGAUCCAAUGAAUGCCUUAAUCAAAUUCGGUAUAGACUUAGGAUAUACCGGUGAUCGUAUACAAACAAUAUCACUUGGUCAAGGUCAAGGACCUGUAGCCGCAAAUAUGAUUCAACGUGCUAUUAAAGAUGGGACAUGGGUUGUGCUACAGAAUUGUCAUCUAGCUGUCAGCUGGAUGAAAUCAUUAGAAAAGAUAUGCGAAGAAACAAUUGUGCCGAAAAAUGUGGAUGUGGAUUUCCGCCUAUGGCUUACAAGUUAUCCAUCGCCAGACUUUCCUGUAACAAUAUUAGAAAAUGGUGUAAAAAUGACAAAUGAACCUCCAAAAGGCCUACGAUCAAAUUUAUUACGUUCUUACUUAAAUGAUCCAAUAUCUGAUCCAGCAUUUUAUGAUGGAUGUUCAAAAAAUCCUAUCUGGCAUAAAAUGUUAUUCGGGUUAUGCUUUUUCCAUGCCUUAGUUCAAGAACGUCGAAAAUUCGGUCCACUUGGAUGGAAUGUUCCUUAUGAAUUUAAUGAAUCUGAUCUACGUAUAAGCGUGCGACAAAUGAAGAUGUUUUUAGAUCAGUAUGAUGAAGUUCCACUAGAGGCAUUAACUUAUCUAACUGGUGAAUGUAAUUAUGGUGGGCGUGUAACAGAUGACAAAGACAGGCGAUUACUGAUUUCAUUAUUGGGAAUAUUUUAUAACAGAAAGAUUAUUGACGAACAGCAUUAUAAAUUUUCACCAUCUGGAAUAUACUACUGUCCUGAUGAUGGUACAGCUCAAGACUUCAUCGAGUAUAUACGUUCACUACCGCUGAAUCCAAUGCCAGAGGUCUACGGCCUACACGACAAUGCUGAUAUUACUAAAGAUAAUCAAGAAACAUUCCAGCUGUUUUCUGGAAUCUUGUUAACUUUGCCAAGACAAAAGGGUGGAGCCGGCAAAUCACCAGAAGUCAGUGUGCAAGAACUUGCCUCAGAUAUCCUUUCGAAACUGCCACCCGACUUUAAUUUAAAAGAUGUAAUUGGUCAUUAUCCUGUAAUGUAUAAGGAGUCAAUGAAUACAGUACUGAGACAGGAAUUAAUACGUUUCAAUCGUUUGACCAGUGUGGUGCGUACAACACUGAUAGAUUUACAGAAAGCUAUCAAAGGUUUGGUUGUUAUGUCUGCUGACUUAGAAGAUGUAUUCAACUCAAUGCUUGUUGGUAAAAUACCGAGUGUAUGGGCAGCGAAAUCAUUUCCAUCGCUUAAACCACUCGGAAGUUAUGUACAAGAUUUAAUAUACAGAUUGAAGUUCUUCGCUGAUUGGCUUACAUACGAUGCACCACCAGUGUUUUGGAUAUCAGGUUUUUAUUUCACUCAAUCAUUUCUAACUGGUGUGUUACAGAAUUACGCUAGAAAGUAUACUAUUCCAAUAGAUACACUUGGAUUCACAUUCCAGGUGACUAACAGAUACCUUAAUACUGUCAACCUGCUGGAAAAUGCACCAUCAACUGCCAAGUUACCGAGAUUAUCAACGCAAGGCACUAGGCAUCCAUCAGUGGCUGUUAUUAACUACAAACCAGUCAGACCGAAUGAACAAUUUGACGAUUUCAUCAAACCAGAUGAUGGUGCUUAUAUUACAGGACUGUAUUUAGAAGGUGCACGUUGGGAUCCAACAGACGGUUGUUUAGCUGAAUCAAAACCAAAAAUACUAUUUGAUACAAUGCCAGUGAUAUGGCUUGUUCCGAAAAUACUGAACGAAAUCAAUCGCGAAUCAACGUACAAUUGCCCAGUCUAUAAAACAUCUGCUCGACGUGGUGUCCUAUCGACUACUGGACAUUCAACUAACUUUGUUUUGUAUAUUGAUUUGAGAACAAAUCAACCAGAAGAGCAUUGGAUUAAUCGUGGGGUAGCUGCUUUAUGCCAGUUAGACGACUAGCGAAGGAAGAGUGCGAAACAUACAGGCUCAGAUAAAUUAUAUUAUAAUAUGUGGGUGCUUGCUUUCUAUUAACAACGACAACUCAAUGAACUCAAUGUGAAGUUCAUGAGUAUAUUUCAUGAAACUAUCAAAUGAUCCAGUAUAAUGCCUAUAACAUUUGAACUGAGAAUGAGAACACUUAUUACAUUGUUUAAAAAACAACUAUUCAGAUAUAUAACCUAGAUGAAU